GUCUGACCUCGCAAUGCCUAUGGAUGGCUCUGGCUGCUGUUCAUCAUGGCCGCUGCGCCCUCUUGAUUACUACGACGAACGUGUGAGCGGAAUCGUUCCUCGGCCACAUCACCCAACAAGCCUCACUGUUGCUCUCCAGCCCUCCAUCCGCCGCCGUCCUCGUGCGACGUGCGCUACCCGAUAGCUACCCGUCGCCCGCUAUCCGAUGCCCUCCCGACACCACACCCACAUCACGCCCAGCAGCCCCGCGCUCUGUCCCCGCGCCGCCGUGGCUGGUGGUGGAGCUGUCUGUCCAUGUUAACAAUCAGGCGGGUCCCUGCCGUCGGCAUAUAAUGGCAUUGGCUCGUCGUCCCCAUCCACAGCUCCAACACCACCACCCUCUCUCUCUCUCUCUCGCUACCUACCGUCACCACCACCACCACAAUGGCCUCCUCGUCCAACUCGGCCCCGCCGAACCACAAGUUCGAUCCCAACUUCACCCGCAACGUCAUCAAUGCUACGGGCCCCAAGGCGUCGCCGCGCAUACGCCAGGUCAUCGGCAGCGCCAUCCAGCACCUGCACGACUGGGCGCGGGAGAACGAAAUCACCGUGGACGAGUGGAUGUCCGGGCUGGAGCUGAUCAACGAGGCCGGCCGCAUGUCCAACGACCGCCGCAACGAAGGCCAGCUCGUGUGCGACGUGCUGGGCCUGGAAUCGCUCGUCGACGAAAUCACGUACAAGCUGGCGACGUCAGCGGCGGACGCACCUACGGCGACAGCCAUCCUGGGCCCCUUCUGGCGGGCGGAUGCGCCCAAGCGCGCCAUGGGCGAGACAAUCGUGCACGGCAUCGAGGGCGGCGACCACACGCUGAUGCACGGCGUGGUGACGGACUACCUGACGGGGGCGCCGGUCGAGGGCGCCGAGCUGGACGUCUGGCACACGGCGCCCAACGGGCUGUACGAGCAGCAGGACCCCGACCAGCCCGACAUGAACCUCCGCGGCCGCUUCACCACGGGCAAGGACGGCCGCUACAGCUUCUACUGCUUGCGGCCCACCAGCUACCCCAUUCCGUUUGACGGGCCCGCAGGCACGCUGCUCCAGCUGCUGGACCGCCACCCGAUGCGCCCGGCGCACAUCCACUUUAUCGUCAAAGCCCCCGGUUACAAACCCAUCAUCACGCAGAUCUUCGACCGCGCCGACAAGCACAUCACGGACGACGCCGUCUUCGCGGUCAAGGACUCGCUGAUUGUCGACUUCAAGCCGCUGCAGGGCAACGACAGGGCGCAGUUCGAGCUGCCGUACAACUUCCGGCUGGCGACGUACGACGAGGCCAAGGGCAACGACCUGAAGGGCGCGACGCCCGCGAGCACUGCCGUGUAGGAGGAGUGAGGGUGGAGGGUGUGUGUGAGUGUUGGUGUGGUGGUGUGGGGUGUGGGGAGGGUGGGUAUAUAGGUAGUUAUGGGAAGAGGGAUUUUGUGUGCUACGCACGCACGCAAGCAUGUCAGGGAUGUAGAUAGAUAU